CAAGUGUUGAAGACAGCCGGGGGACUGAGUACAGGAGUGAACAAAAAGUCCCUAACUUGGGCAAAUUUAUGUAAAGCAUUCUGAAAGCAAAAUUCAAGGAAUAGCCUUAACAGGUUAGAUCCAUAAAAGCCCAGUCCAGGUCCCAGCGCGGGUCAAGUCCAGCUAUGCUUCCUCCAGGCCGCUAGGAGGCAGUGCGGACACAGGAGCGCUCCCGAUAGGCUUCGCGCCGGCGCGCAUGUUUAAGUAGGCGGAAGAACCGGUGCGCAAGGUGGCCCGGCCGGCGGAAGUGGCUCGUGCGCAGGUAGUCGCCAUGCCGGGAGACCACCGCCGCAUCCGCGGUCCGGAGGAGUCCCAGCCGCCACAGCUGUACGCGGCCGACGAAGAAGAGACGCCCGCUGCCCGCGACCCGACGCGGCUACGACCGGUGUACGCGCGCGCCGGGCUGCUGAGCCAGGCCAAGGGCUCGGCCUACCUGGAGGCGGGAGGCACCAAGGUGCUGUGCGCCGUGUCGGGCCCGCGCCAGGCCGAGGGCGGCGAGCGCGGCGGUGGCCCUGCGGGAGCGGGCGGCGAGGCCCCGGCCGCCCUCCGUGGCCGCCUGCUCUGUGACUUCCGCCGCGCGCCCUUCUCCGGUCGCCGGCGUCGCGCGCCCCAGGGCGGCGGCGAGGAGCGCGAGCUGGGCCUGGCGCUGCAGGAGGCUCUGGAGCCCGCGGUGCGCCUGGGGCGCUACCCUCGCGCCCAGCUCGAGGUGUCCGCGCUUCUGCUGGAGGACGGCGGCUCUGCCCUGGCCGCGGCGCUCACGGCCGCCGCGCUCGCCCUGGCAGACGCGGGAGUGGAGAUGUACGAUCUGGUGGUGGGCUGCGGCCUGAGCCUCACGCCGGGACCCUCGCCCACCUGGCUGCUGGACCCCACGCGCCUCGAGGAGGAGCACUCUGCCGCCGGCCUCACGGUGGCGCUCAUGCCGGUGCUCAACCAGGUGGCCGGGUUGCUGGGCAGCGGGGAAGGCGGCCAGACUGAGAGUUGGACGGAUGCGGUGCGCCUGGGCCUAGAAGGCUGCCAGCGCCUCUAUCCAGUGCUGCAGCAGUGCUUGGUGCGGGCUGCCCGCCGGAGGAGCGCCGCCGCCCCGUCCUGAUUGGAAAACCUGAACAACAAGAAUGCGGACAACUACUGUCGCCCUUCUCUUCCGGCGCUCUUGGUCGCCUGGCUUGGCUGAGCAGAGAAAUGAGAGCGGAGGUAGCGCGCACAUAACUGAAGCACUGGACAGCUGCGUUGGAACGGUUUAAAGGGCCUUUGCGGCCACUAUCCAGUUGGAAAAAAACAAAAACAUGAAAGCCUUACUCCCAAGUUGGAAACGACCUAAACUGGAUUACCUGGUAAAUGAGACUGGGUGUGUGGUCCUCCAAGGGAUGGACCCUGUACAGAUCAGCCAUUGGCUCCAGUCUAUGAUAAACAUCUUUUGAGAGAAUGAACAAGGGGACUUCUCACUAUCCGAACUAAACAUAAAAACCUUUUUAAUAUCUGAA